AUGGCACCUAGAAAGAGAAACAAAGUCGACCUUGAGUACUUACGCUCUCUUGCGCAGCAAGAAAAAGAGCCUACUCUGCCGACAAAAGACGAUAUUAAAGCCACAAUGAUCCCCUCUAGUUACAAGCAAUAUGAGUACACUAUGGCUCUCUGGUCAGAUCGUCCCGGGGAGUUUAUCGAAUCAGGCUCCUGGAAACACAGUAACGAUGGGCUCCAAUACGGUGACAUAGAUCUCAUACGAUACCAGAAUGGCACGUAUGUAGGUUUUCUUCUUCAUCUGCGAUUGCGUAAUCGGAAGGGACACCGGAAUAACAAGAAACACUCGCCUGUCAUGCUUCUAUACGAGGAGGCUACUAUGCGUUCUAUGUGUCCAGUCACACAUUUCCUAGCGCUGGCACUAGCGGACGGAGUGUUUCAAGACUGUACCAGUCUUCAGGAAAUCGAAGCAAAGGAGCUUCCAGCAGGUAGCUCGAUGUACAAAUAUCGGUACAAGCCAGAGGCUGUCCUGAAGCCUAUCCUGAGGAGCAUAUGUAACAACGGCACAGUCUCAGAUGACAUCAUCCUUACUUACAAUUGUUUCAACAACAUGCUUAAGGGGAUCGGGCAACGUGCUGGCUAUGAAGAUAGGCUGAGUGCGUACUGCUUCCGUCGAGCAUAUGCUAGAGCAGUGGAGAGAACGGCAACUCCGGCUCAGCGAAGAUUGCUCAUGGGCCAUACCAACGAUGACACGGCCAUGUAUUACAUCUCUGGUAUGGUUGGGAUUGAUAGCCAAUCAAUGGUCCAUGGACGCGAGCAAAGAAAGCAGCUUAUUGAGGAAAACUAUUCCAUGAUGGCUAAAAGAAACCUUCUGACACCGAUGCCUCCUAAUUCUCAAUUGAUUGAUCGUUCUAACUCACUGAAAGCUCAAGAAGCCAAAAAAGAAGCUCCAACGGUGGCUUUAUUGGACCGCACUCCAAAGCAAGAGUAUGCUUUUCGAAGACAAUCGAGAUCAACCGCAUAUCGCAAACAACGUGAGGCCUUUUUCAAAGGCGAGAGCUUCGAUUCUCCGUAUGCAACAGCACCAACAGCUUCAACAGAACGAUCGAAGAAACCUUUACGUUCCCCAUCGCGAUAUCUGAAAGCAUUAUGGAAAUUCGAACCUGAACGGAAAGCUAUCUCAAAGAUGCUGUACCCUGGAUGCGAUGCACUAGUUGAAGAUGGAGUCAGCCUUGAUGAAGCCUCAAACGUCAAGCUCCCGCUUAAAGAUAUACUUAAGCCAAUGGUGGCUAUAGCAAAACCGGAAAAGAAGCGCUACAGUUACGCUUCUGCCUCACCGACUGAAGAUAAGCGUUGUAGCGUGUGUGAUCUCCAAUUCAACAACGACAACAAGAACGCUUUCGCUCUACACACACACAUGAGAAAGCACCUUGCACAACUAGAUGCCCCCCCAUCCACCUGUCCACAUCCACAUUGUCAAAGUAUAAUUAGGUCCAAGGAGAAGUUCUAG